AUGGGCGGACGGGGGAGCCCAGCGGAGCUGCCGCCUGUGCCUCCUCUGCGGGGCGGGCGGGACCGGCCUGGGGCGGCGCUGCUCCUCCUCCUGCUCCUGCGCACGGUGUGCGGCCAGGAGCCCCAGUGCCCGCUGCCGUGCCGAUGCCCCGCGGAGCCGCCUGCCUGCGCCCCCGGCGUGCCCACGGUCUUGGACGGCUGCGCCUGUUGCCCGGUUUGCGCCCGGCAGCGGGGGGAGAGAUGCUCGGAGCUGCUGCCCUGCCAGGAGAGCCGCGGCCUCUACUGCCACCGCGGCGCGGGGACGGCGGCGGACCUGAGCAUCUGCAUGGACCUUGAUGGAGACAACUGCGUGUUCGAUGGGAUGAUUUACCGGAGUGGCGAGACGUUCCAGCCAAACUGUAAAUAUCACUGUACAUGCAGGGAUGGACAGAUCGGCUGUGUGCCACGCUGUAACCUGGACCUCUUGCUUCCUGGCCCGGAGUGCCCCUUCCCUAGGAAAAUUGAAGUCCCCACGGAGUGCUGUGAGCAGUGGGCUUGCGACUCUAAGGAAGACAUGGACUUGGGAGGCUUGGAGAUGGCAGCAUACAGGCCAGAAGCCACUCUGGGCGACGAUGGGUCUGAUUCGGGCUCUAACUGCAUCGAGCAGACAACGGAAUGGAGUGCCUGCUCCACAACUUGUGGGAUGGGAGUCUCCACUCGCGUCACCAACAAGAACCCGAUGUGCGAGAUGGUGAAGCAGACCAGACUCUGUGAGGUGCGGCCCUGUGAAAAUGGCCGCCGGCCGCCGGAUAAGGGCAAAAAGUGCAUCCGAACCAAGAAGUCCCUAAGAGCCGUCCGCUUGGAGUACAAGAAUUGUACCAGCAUCCAGAUGUACAAGCCCCGUUACUGUGGGGUCUGCAACGACGGACGAUGUUGCACUCCUCACAGCACCAAAACCAUCCAUGUCGAGUUCCGCUGUCCCCAAGGAGGCACCGUCAAGCACCCUGUAAUGUCGAUCGCUACCUGUGUUUGUCAUGGCAGCUGUCCUCAGGAUUACAACACUUUCUUCAGGCGGCGCCACUGAA